CGCCCCCUCCUCGGGCCCCGCCCCCGCCCGCGGUCCCCGCUGCUCCUCCGGUGCUGCCCGCGGUUCGGCCCGGCCCGCCCCGGCCCGGCCCGGCCCAGCCUGGCCCGCGUGUCGCCGCUCCUCCCCGCCCGGGAAGAUGGCGCUGCGCGUCCAGAGUUUGGCAGAGUUAGAAGUACUAUGUAACCACCUCUAUGAGGGAACUGAUGUAGCACAGCGGAUGCAAGCUGAGAAGGUGCUCUUGGAACUCAUUGACAGCCCCGAAUGUCUCAGCCAGUGCCAACUUUUACUAGAACGAGGAACAACAUCCUACGCUCAGCUUCUAGCGGCAACAUGCCUCUCUAAACUUGUGAGCAGAUCGACUCCUUUACCCGUUGAACAAAGGAUUGACAUCAGGAAUUACAUUCUGAACUACGUAGCAUCUCAACCCAAACUGGCUCCUUUUGUGAUCCAAGCUCUUGUUCAGGUCAUCGCUAAGAUUACAAAAUUAGGAUGGUUUGAGGUUCAAAAAGAUCAGCUCAUCUUCAGAGACAUAAUUGCUGAUGUAAAAAAGUUUUUGCAGGGUACUGUGGACCAUUAUAUAAUUGGAGUGAUGAUUCUCUCAGAACUAACUCAGGAAAUGAACCUAGUGGAUUAUUCGAGACCUUCAGCAAAGCAUCGUAAAAUAGCUACCUCAUUUCGUGACACUUCUUUAAAAGACAUUUUGAUGCUGGCAUGCUCUCUUCUAAAGGAGCUAUUGGCGAAACCUUUAAAUCUUCAGGACCAACAGCAACAAAGUUUAGCAAUGCAUCUUUUGAAACUUGUCCUUAACUGUCUUAACUUUGACUUCAUUGGGAAUUCAGCAGAUGAGUCUGCAGAUGAUCUAUGCACUGUACAGAUUCCAGCAAACUGGAGAACAAUCUUCCUGGAGCCAGAGACCUUGGACCUGUUUUUUGAUUUGUACCAUUCCCUUCCCCCAAUGCUCUCUCAGCUAGCACUUUCCUGUUUAGUUCAAUUUGCUUCUACAAGGAGAUCUUUAUUUAGCAAUCCAGAACGUGCCAAGUAUCUUGGUAACCUGAUCAAAGGAGUGAAAAGAAUACUUGAAAAUCCUCAGGGUUUAUCUGAUCCAAGUAAUUACCAUGAAUUCUGUCGGUUUUUGGCUCGACUAAAGACAAACUACCAACUGGGAGAACUAGUAAUGGUGAAAGAAUAUCCAGAAGUUAUCCGACUGAUUGCCAAUUUCACUAUUACUAGCCUACAGCAUUGGGAGUUUGCUCCAAACAGCGUUCAUUAUUUGCUAACCCUGUGGCAGAGAAUGGUAGCAUCGGUUCCUUUUGUGAAAUCAACAGAACCCCACCUCUUGGAUACAUAUGCACCUGAGAUAACAAAAGCAUAUAUUACUUCCAGACUGGAAUCUGUUCCUGUAGUUGUAAGAGAUGGCUUGGAAGAUCCACUAGAUGAUACAGCUACAGUAUUUCAGCAGCUGGAGCAACUGUGCACAGUUAGCAGAUGUGAAUAUGAAAAAACCUGCACACUUCUUGUACAAUUGUUUGAUCAAAAUGCACGAAACUACCAAAAGCUAUUGCAUUCUUCCGGUAGGAAUCCUUUAGAACUCACAGUUCAGGAAGGACGACUGGCAUGGCUAGUGUAUUUUGUGGGUACUGUUGUAGGAGGAAGGUUAACUUAUACCAGUACUGAUGAACAUGACACCAUGGAUGGAGAAUUAUCUUGUCGAGUUUUUCAGCUGAUAUCCUUGUUGGAUGCCCAGUUACCACGGUCUAGUAAUGAAAAAGUAGAACUUGCAAUUCUAUGGUUUUUGGAUCAGUUCCGUAAAACAUACGUGGGGGACCAGCUCCAGCGUACCUCAAAGGUGUAUGCUCGAAUGUCAGAAGUCUUAGGAAUAACAGAUGACAGCCAUGUUCUUGAAACAUUUGUGGCAAAAAUUGUUACAAACCUUAAAUAUUGGGGAAGAUGUGAGCCUGUGAUUUCAAGGACUCUUCAGUUUCUAAAUGAUCUUUCUGUUGGUUAUAUUCUCUUAAAAAAACUAGUGAAAAUAGAUGCUGUGAAAUUCAUGCUUCAGACUCACACAAGUAAACACUUCCCUUUUUUGGGUGUCAAUGAUAAUUACAGUCUCAGCGACCUUAGGUGCCGAACAACAUUCUAUACGGCUCUCACCCGCCUCCUCAUGGUAGAUCUAGGUGAAGAUGAGGAUGAGUUUGAAAAUUUCAUGCUUCCCCUCACAGUUUCAUUUGAAACUUUAACUCAGAUAUUCAACAAUAGUUUUAAACAAGAGGAGGCAAAGCGUAUGUUGAUCGGGCUGGCAAGAGAUCUUCGAGGGAUUGCCUUUGCACUGAACACAAAGACCAGCUACACCAUGCUGUUUGACUGGAUAUACCCAUCAUAUCUUACUGUUCUACAAAGAGCUAUUGAAUUGUGGUAUCGUGAACCAGCAUGUACAACUCCUAUAUUGAAGCUAAUGGCAGAGUUGAUGCAAAACAGAUCACAGCGUUUAAAUUUUGAUGUGUCAUCUCCAAAUGGAAUUCUUCUUUUCAGAGAAGCUAGUAAAAUGAUUUGUACUUAUGGUGCAAAAAUGGUGUUAACUGAAAGGAAGGCUGAGUGGAAGCCCAGCCUAAGAUCAGGUCAUGAUGUAUAUUCAGUUAUUUUAAGUACUGCCACUUUUAUUGCUUAUUUAUGUAUUAACAUGGUGAAAAAACUUUGGAAGAACACUAACGAAGUUGUAACUAAGGUUGCAGGUAUCUAUUUGGUAGCUGACCUCCCCAGAGAAAAUACAUGGUCAAGUUUUUAAGGUGCUAAUCAGGGAUUUGGUAAACAAGGGUUCAGUUGCCUGAUGUCUCAAAGACUUUCUGUGUGACCUUGGGAAAGUCACUGAGGGACAAAUCCUGUUUCAUUUGCAGGCAUCUAAGUGGCACUUAUCAGUUUUUAACACUUAGGCAGCAGGAUUGCCCAGGUACAUGCAUUACUACUGGAGAGGCCUAGGUUUGGGUUCUGACCCAUGCCCCACUGGCUCUUCUGUACCUUGCAUUUAAUUGUUGUUGUAUAAAAUGGAUAAACAGUGGGUUAGCUUCUGCCCUGUUGGGAGGGGGUACAAGAGACAGAACCCCUUGCUUCCAGGACAGUGCCCCUCUCACUGUGCCAAAGCAAACUUUGAUUAGCUCUACACUUCCUGGCCCCAUGCAUAUCCACUCCUGUUGGCUUCCCAAGCAGCAGGCCAGGAAGAGAGGUCUGAGCAAAGACUAGUCCAUUUAGUACAGUGUUCCUCAACAGGUGUGCCACGGCACCCUGGGAUGCUGGGAGUUCCUUUUGAGGGUGCCACAGGGGUAAAGGAAUAAGCACUUUGCUCUUCCCCACCUGGUCCCUAUGCAAGGAGGUAAGUGUAGGCUUAUCUGCCUGGUUCCAGUGCAAGGAAGUAAGGUCACACUUGUCCCUGCUCACUUUUGUGAGAGGAGCCAAGUGCUCCCUCCCCCAUUGGCUCUCUCCCUGUAUAAGGAGCUCGGCUCAUCUGUGUCUGGCUCUAGUGCAAGGAGGUACUUACGCUUGUCCCUGCUCCACUGCUCGGAGGAUCUAAGUGUUGGUUUCCACCCCACCAGGUAUUAAGUGCUUCAAUAAAUAAAUUAAUUAUUGAAAUGGGUGCUGCCUAAUUCACAGGAGUUAUGAAGGUGUCAGGGGCCUAAAAACAUUGAGAACCACUGGGGCAGUGGUUAAAGCAUUUUGCUAGGAAGUGGGAGAUAUAAGUUAAAAUCUCAUCUGAGAGCAGGGCUUAAAUCCCCGGGUCUCCUACUCCUUUGACAAACCACUAGGCCUUUGAGCUAAAAGAUGGGAGGCCCGUCCUCCUCCUCUCUCUCUCUCUCUCCCCCUUCCUGUCAAACAGUUGCUAGUUGUGCUUUUCUUCCAACCAGCGCUUCAGGGACUUAGAUUGAGUUACAUGCAUACCUGAGUGAGUCUUCCAGCCCAGAGCCUAUGUAGAAUCCUGAGCAUGCUCAGAAAGAGAUGCAAGAUGAACAUAGCUACACAAGUACAGGCAAUAUCCAAAAUGUGGGUGCCAAAAACCACAGUUACACAGCUAUGCAAGUGCCACUUAGGCACAUAAAGAUGAUAUAGGAUUUGUCCCUCAGUCUCCUUUUGUCUUUGUUAAUGUGGAUAAUACAGCUCCUCUCAGGGUUUAUCUUCAUAGCUGAAAAGAUGAGGUUUUUCUUUUUCUUUUAGUGAUGAAAAAAGGAAUCACAAAAGUAUGGUAAGGGUCAGAACAAUAAUUAUUUUGAGUUGCUGCCUAAAUAGACCAAGAGCUUUAGUAAGAUUAAUGAUUUAUUGCAUAGCAGAAUAAAAAAAAAAAUGACUGUUGCCUCAUAUAAGCAACACAAAAUAUUUACAGCUUCACAGCAUUUUUACAUUAUAAACACUGAGAUUUUUGAAGAGUAGUUCACAGCUGGAGACUGGUAAAACAGUUGGUUUUGUAAUGGAAAUAUCUGUGGUGUGAGUGGUAUAUUUGAUGUGUAUGUUCAUAAACAGCCAUCCCAAGAGGUCCUUGUGGUAAUGGAUCAAAAGCAGGCUAAAUUACGGUAUGAUAGCAUUUAAGGCCCUGAUCCUGCAGUCAGAUCCACUAUACUGAAGGUUCUGAGACGAUACAUGGAUAGAACAUUUCUUACUAAUACAUCUGGUUGAAGAACUGGGCCUAAAUAAGUAACUAAAAUGUCAUAGGAUAUACUUUUACCAUAUGCUCUAAUUAUUUAUUUAGCUUUUUUAAUGUAUUUGUACUAGUAAAAUAGUUUUUUUUUCCCCUGCAAUAUGUACAAAAAUAGGAUCAUAUCCUGUUUGCAUUCAGAUAAAAUUUAAAAAUGGAAAGAGUGAAAUGAAAAUGUUAUGACAAAGCUACCUAAAUUUGUAACUGCUUAUGUCAAUUUCUUUCUCCUUUUUUCUGA